AUAUAUUAUUAUUGAAAUUAUUAAUGAGUGAGGAGGACACACAGAGGAACCUUAUCAAUAGGUAAAUACCUCUUGAACUGAAGAGCUUUCUCCCGUGAUCCUCUGUGAGCAGAGUUGCCUCUAGGCAGCCAUCUCACCAGCAAUUGCAGUGCAUCCAGGGAGGGACCGGGGCCAGCUCUACUGUUUGUUGCCCUGCAACUCCAGAAUUUUUAUCCAGAGGGAAUAUGUUAAAAUAGGCACGAAGGGGGAAAAUAACUCAUCCAGCUGACACUGAUUAAAAAUCUGAAUUGUGUAGGGCACUGACAGAACUAAGUAAGCAAGUGUAUUUGCUCUCAAAGACCUUCUGGCCUGGUAGGAAAGACUAGUGAUCAUAGUGGGGUGUGAUCUGGGUUUGUGGUCUAGGAAAGGAUGGAGGAGGAGCAGUGAUUUCUGCCUUGAAGAAGAGUGUUUCCGGAAACCUUUAGAGGAAUGUCUUCAGGUGACCCUUAGAGGAUGAGUAGGCAGACCGGGAAUAACAGGAAUUUCAGUCAGAGGGCAGCCAGAACCCAGAAGGAGUGUGUGAUUAGGCACAGAGCAAGGAGCAAGUAGGUGAGGAGGCUAGAGAGGUAGCGAGGACCAGAUCAGGAAAGGUUAGUCUCAUUCCUAAGGACAGCUGAGGGCAUUUAAUUGAGCUUGUGAGGUAACCAGAUUUUCAUUUUAGAAAGAGCACAUGAAAGACAUGUGUUUGCUAAGGGGUGCCUGAGGGAGGAGAGCAGAGCAGGAGCUGGCAGGGGGAUCUGGAAAGAGGUAUAAAUCCCUGUUACCACCUGUGGGGUGGAGUAGGGCUGAUGUUGGGAGGUGGGGCCGGUGGGAGUGGAGGAGGAGAGCCAAGGAUCUGAAUUAAAAGGAGGCAACUUUGGCUGGACGUGGUGGCUCACACCUGUAAUCCCAGCAUUUUGGGAGGCUGAGGCGGGUGGAUUGCCUGAGGUCAGGAGUUCGAGACCAGCCUGACCGACAUAGUGAAACCUUGUCUUUACUAAAAAUACAAAAAUUAGCCGGGCGUGGUGAUGGGCACCUGUAAUCCCAGCUACUCAGGAGGCUGAGGCAGGAGAAUUGCUUGAAACCCGGGAGGUGGAGGUUGCAGUGAGCUGAGACCAGGCCAUUGCGCUCUAGCCUGGACAACAAGAGCGAAACUCUGUCUCAAAAAAAAAGGAGGCAACUUUAUCAACUGUCAGAAACAAGGGAAACCUGGGAGACCACAUGAAGGGAAUAAAAUGAAAAAUUAGAAGUCAAGUUUAAGACUUAAGCUAAACAUGGACUUUGGAGUCCCCAUUUUCCAAUCUUUGAUCUUGAGCAUUUCACAUAACUUCUCUGGACUUCAGUUUGCUCAUCUGGAUAUGAGGACUAAGUGAGCUAAUAUACAUACUGUGCUUAGCAGGGUGUCUGGCACUCAGUAAGCACUUUGCUCGUAUUGGCAGAACAGGAUGCAGAGGUGAUAGGAUUGAAGAAGUAAGCUCUGAGCACUUGUGAAGCUGAGCAGUCAGCUGCUCUAAAAUGCAGAGUCUGCCAGACUUCACCUUGCAGAACCAGCUUCUCCCUGCUGGCUGCUUCCCUGGUCACACCCAGCUACCAGCCUGGCAGGAGGGGCCCCAAGCCCACAAGUGACAGGAGUACACAGGUUCCCACACAUUCCUGCCUACACUCCUGAGCAGCUGUCCUGGUCACCCUCUUCUGCAUGUGUGGGGAUGAGUGCGCCCUUCUGAGGGAAAUUUAAUUAUGUUUGAGACUUACUAUUUAAUCGGGUUAGAAGUUCAACUCAUUUCUGGACAAACCUUGUGAACAAGUAAAGAUUUCACUAUAGAAGGCAGUUCAGCAUCAGGACUCAGGACUUAAGUGGCCUGGCAGGAAAUGGCUAAUGCAUGGUCACUGAAGUCCAGGGAUUUCACUGAGUCAAGCCGGAGAACUAAGACCCUGAGAUACUUGACAGUUAAGUGAGACUUCAGGUAAAACCUCAAACUGUCACUCAUCAGACUGGAGCUGUACUUCUUUAAGCCAUUGAUGCUAGGAUAAUUAAUUACCUUCCUGCCCUGAUGUUUCUUAAGUUGGAGAAAGAGAAUUAAAGAGAAUGAAAAUCAGAAUUACAUUAACUUCUACCUCUAUUCAAAGCUGUUUUAUAAAUUAGGGAGAAGAGUGAGGAGAGAGGAAUAGGAUAGACGAAGGUAGAGAGAGGGAGCAGUGGAGAAGAAAACCUCAGAGUGAGGCAAAGGAAGAGGUAUGGAGGGGAAAAGAAGUGGCGAUGGCAGGGAAGAGCCCCUGGCCAUGAGAGAGACUGGGGGGAGUGGGAAGGAAGGGAAGUUAUGGGGCAGGGGGCACAGAGCAGAGAACAAGAGAGUAAGGCUAGAGAGAUGAAAGAAACAGUGAGACUGAGCUAAGAAGAGCGAUCUCACGCUUAAGAGACAGAGGGCGUGCCUGUGACAGGGUGGGAGCUACAGGACUGGACAUGAUCACCGAUUCAGAGGGAGGGAGGGAUGCAGGCAGAGGCCUAACUCCAGCAUGUUAGCAUGUGCUAUGGAAGUGCUGUCCACAAUGGUGGCCACUAGUCAUGUGUAGUACUUUAAAUAAGUCUGUUGUGGCUGAGGACCUAAUUUAUAAUUUUAAUUUCAUUUUAAAUUUAAAUAUCCGUAUGUGGCUCAUGGCUGCUGUAUUAGGAAGUGUAGAUCUAGAGAAACAGCUAGAAAAAGGAGAGAGCACUGGAGUCACAGUAGGGGAAGAGGUCUAGAGCAGGACCGUCCAGUGGACAUAGAACCCAAACCAUGCACAUGAUUUUAAACAUUUUAGUAGCAGCAUGAAAAAGGAAUAGGGACAUUAAGUUCAAUAAUAUAUUUUAUUCAGCCCAUGAUAUCGAAAACGUUACCAUUUCAACAAGUAAUAAAUAUGAAAUAUUAUUAAUAAGACAUUUUACAUUUUCUUUUUUCCUACUAAGGCUUCAAGAUCCGGUAUGCAUUUAUACUCACAGCACCUCUCAGUUUGGCCUAACAACAUUUCAUGGGCCUGGGGGCUACCAAACUGGACCUCACAGGUCUAAAGAGAUUGAUCUAGAGUCAGAGCAAACUCUAGGGAGAGCUGAUCCAAAGUUAGAAGGAGCUUUAAAAAGAUACUGAGUCAGAUACCUCUCUAAAGUCAGAGCGCUCUAGAGCAUUGCUAUUCAGUAGAACUCUGUUAAUGGAAGUGUUCCGUAUCUGCAUUGCUGUAGCCGCUAGCCACGGUGACUACUAAGCACUUAAAAUGUGGCUGGUGCAACUAAGGAACCAAAUUUUCAACUUAAAUUUGUUUUAACUGAUUUAAAUGCAAAUAGCCGCAUAUGGCUAGUGGCUGCUAUACUGGACAGCACAGCCCUAGAGACAGAGCUACUGAGUAGGAAAAUUGAAGGACAUAGUGGUGGUACAUGUGGAAAAUGGAGGAGAGUCUCAUUUGGGCAAGAAAAAACCAAGAGGGACAGGAUUCAUAAUGCAUGUGAUCCGAGGGAACCGCCCCAUCAAAACUGAGAUGGCCCAUCAGCUGUAUGUCCUUCAAGUCCUAACCUUUAACCUUCUGGAAGAAAGGAUGAUGACCAAGAUGGACCCCAAUGACCAGGCUCAAAGGGACAUCAUAUUUGAACUGAGGAGGAUUGCAUUUGACGCAGAGUCUGAUCCUAGCAAUGCCCCUGGGAGUGGGACCGAAAAACGCAAAGCCAUGUACACAAAGGACUACAAAAUGCUGGGAUUUACCAACCACAUCAAUCCAGCCAUGGACUUUACCCAGACUCCUCCUGGAAUGCUGGCCUUGGACAACAUGCUGUACUUGGCUAAAGUCCACCAGGACACCUACAUCCGGAUUGUCUUGGAGAACAGUAGCCGGGAAGACAAACAUGAAUGCCCCUUUGGCCGCAGUGCCAUUGAGCUCACCAAAAUGCUCUGUGAAAUCCUGCAGGUUGGGGAACUACCAAAUGAAGGACGCAAUGACUACCACCCGAUGUUCUUUACCCAUGACCGAGCCUUUGAAGAGCUCUUUGGAAUCUGCAUCCAGCUGUUGAACAAGACCUGGAAGGAGAUGAGGGCAACAGCAGAGGACUUCAACAAGGUUAUGCAAGUCGUCCGAGAGCAAAUCACUCGAGCUUUGCCCUCCAAACCCAACUCUUUGGAUCAGUUCAAGAGCAAAUUGCGUAGCCUGAGUUACUCUGAGAUUCUACGACUGCGCCAGUCUGAGAGGAUGAGUCAGGAUGACUUCCAGUCCCCGCCAAUUGUGGAGCUGAGGGAGAAGAUCCAGCCCGAGAUCCUUGAGCUGAUCAAGCAGCAGCGCCUGAACCGGCUCUGUGAGGGCAGCAGCUUCCGAAAGAUUGGGAACCGCCGAAGGCAAGAACGGUUCUGGUACUGCCGGUUGGCACUGAACCACAAGGUCCUUCACUAUGGUGACUUGGAUGACAACCCACAAGGGGAGGUGACAUUUGAAUCCCUGCAGGAGAAAAUUCCUGUUGCAGACAUUAAGGCCAUUGUCACUGGGAAAGAUUGUCCCCACAUGAAAGAGAAAAGUGCUCUGAAACAGAACAAGGAGGUAUUGGAAUUGGCCUUCUCCAUCCUGUAUGACCCUGAUGAGACCUUAAACUUCAUCGCACCUAAUAAAUAUGAGUACUGCAUCUGGAUUGACGGCCUCAGUGCCCUUCUGGGGAAGGACAUGUCCAGCGAGCUGACCAAGAGUGACCUGGACACCCUGCUGAGCAUGGAGAUGAAACUGCGGCUCCUGGACCUGGAGAACAUCCAGAUUCCCGAAGCCCCACCCCCCAUCCCCAAGGAGCCCAGCAGCUAUGACUUUGUCUAUCACUAUGGCUGAGCCUGGAGCCAGAAACGACGGUACCCAGGAGAAGGGAUUUUGGGCCCAGGAGAAACACUUACAUUCUGGUGCCUUGUCUUUUGCUUGUACAGAAUCUGUAGUGAUUUUGGUGGCCAGUAAAUGCCAGCCAUUUCUCAAACCCACCUCGGACCACCCAGAGUUUCCUCUUGGUCCCUGUCUACUAAGAGUCAUGAAGGCAGGGUGCUCUGCCCACUCCAUCACCAUGAAGCCUGGGAUUGGGCCACGAGGAACAAACAGCAGAUGCCCUUGCCUUCCAGUCCAAGAAACUGCUUCUUGAAAUGGAUUUAACAACAGCCACUCACCUUUUCCUCCUGAGCCUGCUCUCUGAUCAGCUGGAUCCCCACGUGAGCAAGAGCUGGCCCAGGAAAGGCUGCCUGCAGAGGACAGGUGUGUUGGGCGUGUUGAGAGCCUUGGAGUGACUACCUGUAUCUUAGAUCUGAGUACAAGCCUGAGGCCUUUGCUUUUGUCUUUUUUGAUGAGGGCUCACUCCAGCUUCAUAUGGUGCCAAGAUGUUGCUGCUUCUGAGGUUGGCUCUAACAUCUCUGGUCUUUAGAGCCACCAGAUCUCUGGCCCAUACAGAUAUCAGAGCAGACGGAAAUUUCCCCCUGCAAGCGCUCAGUCUCAUCUCAGCAAGUCAAAGACCUCCUGGCCAAGUCCUGCCCUCUUAAGUCUCCAGGAAUGCUGCAGGGAAAACCCAGCUGAGGCCUGGGCCUAGACUGUGGUGAGGUCACUAGAUUCUACCCCUCUCCCCCCACAUUAAUACCUUUUCUUUCCUCAGAGAGAAAUCUCCCCUAAUCUGAAUUGCAGCCCCCUCCAGUUUGCUUUCCUUUGGCCUUCCAGACCCCAGGAAGUUUGCCUUCCCUUCCUAGUGCUAUGGUUUCUGCCACUGGCCAUGAUUUCAGGGAGCUGGCUGAGGCCGGCUGAGGCCACACCUGUGCCAGUGGGGCUUCCCUGGUGCUGCAGCACUUGUAAACCACACACACAGCCUCUCUCCCUGGACAUACGUUAGCACAUUGGCAUUCAGUAUUGGUGGCCUGGCAUGGUAGGUACUACCCAAUGAAGAGUGUACUAUAUAUUUUCAUUACUAUAGGCCAUACUUAUACAGACAUGUAUAUAUAUUUAUAUAAGAUCUACCUAUCUUAGGAUGGAACCUUGGGGAAAAAUAAAAUUGAGGGGAAGUAAAAAGUAUGUAACACUUCCAGUUGUGAGCCAAGAUUGUAACCAGAGAGCAGCCAGGAGCUUCCUGUCAGUAACCAUGUUUUCAAUAAAUACUCUUUCAUGUACAAA